UGGUUGAAAUGGACCUCUUGUUACAAAUUCAAGGACCUGUGUAUGUAGUUACUCGGGAAAUGAUUAUACAGAUAACUGAAUAUUUGUCCAUCCAACCUACACAUCUCAAGGACCAGCUCCUAACUUCAAGAUGAACAACGCGCUCAAAGUCACCAUAACCUCUCUCGCUCUUGUAUUCCUUCUCCAGCCACUACAUGCAAAACCUUUCCAUACUCUGGAUACCAGCGCCCAUCUGGCCCCGCGCAAUGUCUCGUCAACCUGCAAAGCAUCCGUCAGUACGGACAUUUGGACAACGUGCCAGUCCCUGAUCCAGCAGUACAACAUCUCUCUUCCCGCGUUCUACGAAAUGAACCCAGAGGUCUGGUACGACUGCUCGCAGUUCCAUCCAGGUGAGGACUAUUGUAUCCGCGAAAUGACGAGCUUCCCGAUCUCAGAGGAUGGACUCUGCGGUAGUCAGGCCGCGGAAACUGUGACGUGUAUUGGGUCUGAAUUUGGAGACUGCUGUGGCAGGAAUGGGACCUGCGGAAGCACAGACAACGAGUGUGCCAUUGGCUUCUGUCAGUCUGGGAUUUGUCCUGGGCUGGGCUACAGCACCAAUGGCACAUGUGGAGAGGAGUAUGGUAACCUAAUGUGCGGAGGGUCAUUCGGCGACUGCUGUUCCAACUCUGGCGAGUGCGGAAGCACAGAAGCCCACUGCGGGCUGGAAAACUGCCAGUCCGGGGCAUGUGAGGGCAGCACGACGAGCACCACAACCCCCACGUCCACCCCCACUCCACUCCCCGAGCCCUUCAGCCCCAGCCCCGACGGCACCUGCGGCUACCGCAACAAAUACGUGUGCAAUGGCACCGAGAUCUACUGGGGGUACUGCUGCUCAGCUGCGGGAUACUGCGGGACGUCUCAGUAUCAUUGCAGUGAUCUCCAGGGCUGCCAGCCGGAGUUUGGGCUCUGCGAUGUGACCAACACCGUCACGGCUUCUACAGGUGCAAGCGAGCCGACCACUACUUUGUAGCCCCAGCUUGGCACGUCUGGAAACUCGCAGGGAUCUCGGUAGAUAGAUUUAGGUAGCAAAUUAGCGAAAUGAAAGGGCUUGAUAUCGGCGAGGGCGAAACUCCAGAUCAGUCAAAUCACCCCACCAUCGCGUCGCAGAGUAUUCGGCGUCCCGGUGCUGACAGUACUACUGGCCUUUUGGGCUGGGAUGCCUCAUCGAGCCGCCCCAUGCCCGGUAGUGACUUGGCACUUGGAGCCAUCAACCAUUUUGCGGCCCCUCAUGCACUUUGCAGUACAUUAGCGUCUCUUGGUAGGGGUCAUUUGCACCGCGGACCCUGAC